UUGAACAGAAUAAAUAACAUUAAUUCAAUGACAUUGCUCUAGAGUGAUGAAUUGAAUCUAAUUCCUUGAGUGUCCAACUUAAUUACUCCUUUACAAAAUGGGGUUCCCAAGAAGUAAUUUAUCAAUUACCAUUUCAAUAUCAAAAUGGGACUAUCAAAAUGGGAGGAAGAUCUUCUCAAGAAUGCAGAUGCUGUUAUAGAUAAGUCCCCAAUGGAAGACCUCUAUGCUGGUGUCUUCUUUAACCAAAAUAGAAAGAAGUAUUGGAUUGACAAGGCAACAUUUGGCAACUGCUUCAUGGUUUUUGCAAGGGACUUUUCAGUCGAAUGGGGUAGUGACAAACGUUAUUGGGAUUGGCCAAGCAUUAAAGAAACAAGUGACGUGUUUAUAGAUGUUGUGGAAUUGCUACAAGUUAGUCGGUUAUCGGUGGAGUCGAAAUUUGACACAGCCAAUUUAACAGCAGGAAUGAAUUAUGAAGUUGUAUUUGUGAUGAUGCUUAAAGAAGAUAGUGAUGGGUGGAGUGCUCCAGUCACUUUUAGACUCGACCUGCCAAACGGAAACAAACAAGAACAUGAAGAAAGCUUGCUUAAAAAGCCAAGAUCGCAGUGGUUUGAGAUUCAGGUGGGUGAGUUUAUGGUGGAACCAAAAAACGAUGGAAUUAUCAAGUUCAUGUUGGGAGAAACUAAUUCCGGGGGUUGGAAGAGAGGUUUAGUCGUCAAAGGUGUGGUCAUCCGACCAAAAAAGUGAGACUUGGGAGUUGGGAAUACGCGAAAUAUCUUAUUUGUUGGGCUCUAUACUUACUUAUCGGACUAUAUUUGUUAUGUAAUAAUGGUAUGGGUUUUAUAAUUAUAAUGAUCAUUGAACAGGGAUACGAUAUGAAGCUUAAUUUCCAUUUCUAUAUGAAGUUAUAAAUGGAUGAGGAAUAUUUCAUUGCUUUCAA